GGAGGCACAAGCAGGAUCUAUCUCCGUCUGCUGCUGCUGCAGCAGUAGUCCAAACCACAGCGUUUACAGGACUUCCUGUUUCUACUCAGCUACAAGAACUGCCAGACAAGGAGUCAAAAAGGAAUUAAGCAUCCACUAAAACUUGGCUAUUUAUUCUGUUUCUCUUCUAUUUCCUCCUCCCUGUCCUCAUGCCCAAGGCAGUGUGGUCAGGGCCAGAGGAGGAUGGGUCCGGCUGUGGAGGCUCAGGUCCAGAAGGCCAUGGAUGCAGAGCAAAAUCAGCAGCAGCAUCAGCAGAACCAGCUGCAGCACCAGCAGUGCUACAUGGAGAAAGGGGUGAUGCUUGAACCCUUCCUACACCAAGUGGGGGGACAUUGCUGCGUCCUACGCCUCGGGGAGGAGACCAUCUGCAAACCCCUCAUCCCCCGUGAACAUCAGUUCUACAAAAGUGUGCCUGCUGCAGUGAGGAAGUUUAUCCCCCAGUAUAGAGGUGUGGUGUCAGUGAGCUUUGAGGAGGAUGACGAAGGGAACCUUUGCCUCAUUGCUUACCCCCUCCAGAGUGACCCAACAGCAGACCAGGAGAACAAGGACCUCUCGGCUGACUGUGAGCCGAAGGUUCAGCUCUCAGUGGACAGUGAAAAUCAACAUAUUCUCCUGAGCGGUCUGCCGCCUAGUGUUCAUAAACUGGAGGAGGAGGCCGAGGUGCACUACUACAGACUGGAGCGCAGUCACAGUAACGGUGUGCCACAGCUUAAACACAUCCCCUGGACCCUCACAAGUCAGCAGCACCACCUGCAGAGGUUAAAGGAGGCCAUGCACUGCAACCAAUACAAAUUCAUCCUGUUGGAAAAUCUGACAUGGCGGCACACGUUGCCGUGUGUGUUGGACCUGAAGAUGGGCACGCAGCAGCAUGGAGACGACGUCACAGAGGAGAAAAAGGCCAGGAAGAUGCGCAAGUGUCAGACCAGCACAGCACCGGUAAUAGGAGUCUGCCUCUCUGGCAUGCAGGUGUACAGGUGUGACACGGGCCAGCUGAUGUUCAUGAACAAGUUCCAUGGCCGCAGGCUUAGUGUGCCCGACUUCAAGGAGGCUAUGUUCCAGUUCUUCCACAGCGGACGGCAUCUACGACGUGAACUCUUGUCCCCGGUGCUGCGCAGGCUCCGAGAGCUGCAAGCCGCCCUGGAAUCCUGUGAAUCGUAUCGCUUCUACUCUAGCUCCCUGCUCAUCAUCUACGAUGGAGCGCCGCACCAAAAACACUCCGAGGACAACCUCUCUGAUGAAGAGGAAGAGGAGGAGGAACCAGAUAUGGAGGAGGAGGAGGCGGGUGACGUAGCAGGUGCACCUGGUUUCCCCCGCAGGUCCUCCACAUGUAGCGACGGCAGCGUCAGUAGUGGGAGCUCAGCUGUCGGCCAGGCUCGAUUGACCCACUCCGACCCCAUAACCCCAUUGGUGGAUGUGAGGAUGAUAGAUUUUGCCCACACCACAUGCAGACAUUACCAGGGGGACAGCGUGGUGUACGAGGGCCUGGACAGCGGUUACAUUUUUGGUGUUCAGAACUUGAUCACCAUCCUCUCUGAACUGGAGAACCGCAGCACAGACUAAAUAAAGACAUGGCACACAGUAACAUGGAGUAGAAAGAGGAGUACUGGACUACAGAAGCAGAGGGAGAUUUCCCCUCUCUUCUUCAAAUUUAGACCUUGUUGUAGGUGGCCUUUCAGAGGACCCAGUUCCUGUUUUCUGGCGUUGGUGCUUCUCUAUGUUCCUGUUCUUUGUGUCCAUCUUCGGGCUAUGAGAGACCUGCACAUAACAUAGACGAGCCAUCUGUGUGACUGAUGCAGUGAUUUACUCAUUGUCAUCCUUCUGUUUAAACCAUAUAGGACAAAAGGGUAGGCAGCAAAUAAAAGCAAUUUGAAGUCUGGGGACAGUAAAAAUGUUUUCACAUGUCUGAUUCCAAAGAAGGUGUCCGCAUUUUGCACACACAAACACAUUCUGUUAAACAAGUGUGUGUUUACUCUGAGACAGGGCUAUGUGAGAGAGCAGGGGUUGAGGACAGAGCCGAUUCUUUUUUUUGCCUGUUCAUUCUGCCAUUUUUCUUUCCCUGUUCAUUUUUCACUCAAAGAGACUAUAUUCAUAUAGGUAUCAGGGACAGAUGAUAAUAGAGUUGUUUCUUUAUUUUACAUGUUUCAUAAAAUAAACUGAAAGUUGAAAAAAAAGAAUGACGAGUACUACAUUCCAUGUUAUUAAUGUUAUAAUAAUGAUAUUCAUUAAUAUUGUUAUUGGACAUGUUUGGAUACCUCUAUGUUUAUGUAUGUGUUGUCCAGAGUCUGUUGGGGAUAAUAAAGACUUGGGUUUGUGUUAACAUCUGUA